UCUCCUGGGUCCCCAGACAGCUGGAGGAGAUAAACAGAGGAGGAGGAGGGAGGGGAGUGCGUGUGUGAGAGCGCGCGAGGGAGUGUGAGUGUGUGUGAGCGCGGGUGUGAGGCGGUGCGCAGGGGCGGGCGGAGGCGCUGUCCGGCCCGGGCCAGGCGCCGGGCGGGGAGCAUGGGAAGGGGCUAGAGCUGCCCGGGCCCCCAGCCCCCUCCCCGGGAUCCGCGCCCCCCCUUCCCGGGAGAGGGGCCGGGCCCCCCGGACGGACAUGGGCUCCUGAAGUUGCGCCGCCGCCGGUCCUGGGAAGAGGCCUGACAGGUAAUUAAAUGUGUGUCUUGUGGACCUGGGCUUGGCUGGAAUGCUCAAGGGUCCUGAAGAUCCUUCUAUAGCUUCCUGCUGUUGAAUUCAUUAAGAGAAGAUGGCAAAAGUCAACAUAACUAGAGACCUCAUCCGUAGGCAGAUCAAGGAGCGGGGUGCUCUGAGCUUUGAGCGUCGCUACCAUGUCACUGACCCCUUUAUCAGACGACUGGGCCUGGAAGCAGAGCUACAGGGUCACUCAGGGUGUGUCAACUGUCUGGAGUGGAACGAGAAAGGAGACUUGCUGGCCUCUGGUUCCGAUGACCAGCACACAAUUGUGUGGGACCCGCUGCACCACAAGAAGCUGCUCUCCAUGCACACAGGACACACUGCAAAUAUCUUCUCUGUCAAGUUCCUGCCUCAUGCUGGGGACCGCAUCUUAAUCACGGGGGCAGCCGACUCCAAAGUGCAUGUCCACGACCUGACGGUAAAGGAAACAAUCCACAUGUUUGGAGACCACACAAACCGGGUGAAACGCAUCGCCACAGCGCCCAUGUGGCCCAACACAUUCUGGAGUGCUGCUGAAGAUGGGCUUAUCCGCCAGUAUGACCUUCGGGAGAACAGCAAACACUCGGAGGUGCUGAUUGACCUGACAGAGUACUGUGGCCAGCUGGUGGAGGCCAAGUGCCUCACCGUCAACCCCCAAGACAACAACUGCCUGGCAGUAGGGGCCAGUGGGCCUUUUGUGAGGCUCUAUGACAUUCGCAUGAUCCAUAACCACAGGAAGAGCAUGAAGCAGAGCCCUUCAGCAGGUGUCCACACCUUCUGUGACCGACAGAAGCCCCUUCCGGAUGGCGCAGCCCAGUAUUACGUGGCAGGUCACCUGCCAGUGAAGCUGCCUGAUUACAACAACCGUCUGAGAGUGCUGGUUGCCACCUAUGUGACCUUCAGCCCCAAUGGCACAGAGCUGCUGGUCAAUAUGGGAGGGGAGCAGGUCUAUUUGUUUGACCUGACUUACAAGCAACGGCCAUACACCUUCCUCUUGCCUAGAAAAUGCCACUCCUCAGGGGAAGUUCAGAACGGCAAGAUGUCCACCAAUGGUGUAUCCAACGGCGUGUCCAGUGGCCUGCACCUUCACAGCAAUGGCUUCCGGCUGCCAGAGAGUAGGGGACAUGUCAGCCCCCAGGUAGAGCUGCCCCCAUACUUGGAGCGCGUGAAACAGCAAGCCAACGAGGCCUUUGCCUGCCAGCAGUGGACCCAGGCCAUUCAGCUUUACAGCAAGGCUGUGCAGAGGGCCCCUCACAAUGCCAUGCUCUAUGGGAACCGAGCUGCUGCCUACAUGAAGCGCAAGUGGGAUGGUGACCACUACGAUGCCCUGAGGGACUGCCUCAAGGCCAUCUCCCUAAACCCAUGCCACCUGAAGGCACACUUCCGCCUGGCCCGCUGCCUCUUUGAGCUCAAGUACGUGGCUGAGGCCCUGGAGUGCCUGGAUGACUUCAAAGGGAAGUUCCCGGAGCAGGCCCACAGCAGCGCUUGUGAUGCAUUGGGCCGCGACAUCACAGCAGCCCUCUUCUCCAAAAAUGAUGGUGAAGAGAAGAAGGGAGCUGGUGGUGGCGGUGGCGGCCCCGUCCGCCUCCGCAGCACAAGCCGCAAGGACUCCAUCUCGGAGGAUGAGAUGGUGCUGCGGGAACGAAGCUACGACUACCAGUUCCGAUACUGUGGCCACUGCAACACCACCACGGAUAUCAAGGAGGCCAAUUUCUUUGGCAGGUCCGAGGCCCUGAAGAGAAGGAGGGCACAGCCUGCAACGCUCAGUACAUCGUCAGUGGCUCUGACGAUGGCUCCUUCUUCAUCUGGGAAAAGGAGACCACCAACCUGGUCCGCGUACUCCAGGGGGACGAGUCCAUCGUCAACUGCCUGCAGCCACACCCCAGCUACUGCUUCCUGGCCACCAGCGGCAUUGACCCUGUUGUGCGGCUCUGGAACCCCCGGCCAGAGAGUGAAGACCUCACAGGCCGAGUUGUGGAGGACAUGGAGGGCGCUUCCCAGGCCAACCAGCGGCGCAUGAAUGCUGACCCAUUGGAGGUGAUGCUGCUCAACAUGGGCUACCGGAUCACAGGCCUGAGCAGUGGGGGUGCUGGGGCCUCCGAUGAUGAGGACAGCUCCGAGGGCCAGGUUCAGUGCCGGCCCAGCUAGACCCUCCUGGCCUUGGUCCCCAGCGCCUGCUGCUGGCUGGACCCUCCACCAUGGGCAGGAGGUCAGGGGGUUCUGUUUUGGUUUGUCCCCCCCCCCCCACAUUUUUUUCAUUUCCCUGUUUUGUUUGUUAGUUUGGCAUUGGGGGUGGGGGGUUGCUACAACUUGCUGGCUUUCAGACUUUUGGGCAGAUUGCCCCUUGACUGGACCCAGCUCUGAGCAGAAGAGCAGGAGGGGAAGCCCCUCCAUAUGCCCCCCACCCAUAUGCCCGCUUCCACAUCCCUGGAGGGCUCUGACCUGCCUCAGGCUGGGUGGGAGGCAAGGGCUGAAGCUGUCUUCAAGGACUGUCCUACCCUUCAGCUGGCGGCAGGAAGGGGAGUGGACUUCCAGUCUAAGUAAGGGCUGGCCUUGACCUGCUGCCACUCUUGCUCCUGCGGGCAAGGCUAGCUCCUCCAUGGCUUCAGGGAAGGUUCUGAGAAAGGAUGCCCCCCCCCCCCCAGAGCUCCCUUCACCCGCCACCCCAGCCCCGUUUCAGGGUGGAAGCAGAAGGAAGGUGGGAGUCCUGCAGUAGGCAAGGCCAGGCCCCUGCCUGGGCACUAGAGCUUUCUCGCCCUUCUCCCAGUGCUAGCUCUGGACCCUGUGCCUGCUCUCACUGGCCAUCUCUGGGGGCUUAGGGGGCUUAGCCUUUCCCAAGGGCCCUGGCAGAGGGUGGGGCACCGCACCAUCCCCUUCUGCGCUGCACUGCAACCACUCCCACUCCUCUUUCUGGGGGCUCAUUGGCCUCACUGUGACCUUUCUGCCAGAGCUCCCAGCCAGGCCUAUUCUCUCUCGCUGAGGUGGCACUCUCUGCUAAGGGCCCUUUCUGCCCUCCCUCCCACCCCAUGUGCUGAGCCGCCACAAAGACCAAAGAAGUGAUGGCUUUUCUCUGUCCCCUGCUGCUCUUGGGGGGGGGGGGAGGGAGAGGGGGUCUCCUGAGUCACUCAGAUGGGAAAAUCCGUAACUCAGCCCCCUCCCUCCUCAGCAGCCCCAAGCUUGACACUGGACAGCAGUCACCCCACCACUCACCAAGCAUCUCUCUGCCCCCUUGGCUCUCAGCUGGGAGCUGCUCUCAUAGUUGCUCAGCCUUCCUCCCUCUCCCUCCCUUUCCCCUCAGUGCUUACUUGGCUCCAGCCCUCCAGCUGCAGCCUCUGGGGAGCUGCAGCCUCCCUUCUUCCCUCCCUCCGUCCUUCCCUCCCUCCGCCUGGUCUCUGCCAGGUGCCUCCUCUCAGUCAGGCUUCAGAGCAGCCCUGGAGACAGGAGGGCCAUGUUAAAAGCUUUUUCACAGUUCUAAGACGACAGGGGAGGGGGGGUGAGGAUAGUGGUGGGGGGUCUGGCACCAUCUCGUCAUUGCUUUAAUCCCAGCAACACAGGUGGCAGCUUCUCCCCCUUCCUCCCCACCCAGCCCCUCUCCCGCCCUUCUCUUCUAGCUUGGUAAUGAAGUAUAUUUAUUGGUGAAGGAAACAGCUGCUGCUGCUUUUCCUGCUGCUGGGACUUGCUCCCCUGUCUCUUCUCCAUGACCUUUCUCCAGCCAGGGAGGGGAAAGCAGGAGUACUGGGGCUGGGCCCUGGGGCCCAAAGACCAGCAGGGGCCCCUUUGCUUUCCUGUGUUGGAGCCACCUGCCAUUUCCUCUCUCCGUGCCUCCCCCCCUCCCCCCUCCCUCCCCCAGCCUGCCCAGCCUGGGCCCUGCAGUGUGGAGAGACACAUUAAGCCUUACUGUCCUCUGGGGGCAGGAGCCGAGCCUUUUUGUUGCUCCGCUCCCAGGAGAGUGAGGGUGACGCAAUUGAUUAAAACCAUUUUGUUCUA